AGUCACUAGUCAGCAAUCAGGCAUCAGCAUUAAAUUGUUGUUUGCAGAAUGCAGUCACAACUUCAUGUUUUAAUUUACGAUUUUUGAGUUUAAUAUGUCGUUUCUCCCAGUUUAUUUCCAACUGGCGUUUUUAUUAACAUUAGAAUAAACUGUCGAUUAGUAUUUAUAAAAGUUAAUACCAUGUCUGGCAGAGAUAAAUGGGUGCGGCGGUUCUCAGUCGACGAAACCGCAAAACAUAAAAGUGGUUUUACUGUUUAUAAAAUAACAUCUGUUCUUUUCCCUAUAGAUUCCCCUGAAGCAGUGACAGUAGUAUCUGUUUGGAAAAGGUACAGUGACAUUCAGCAAUUACACAAGAGUAUGAAGACAUUACAUGCUGGAUUAUACUUACGAGGAACAUUUCCACCUUUGGCGAAAAGUAGUUUCUUUAAACGAUUUCAACAAGAGGUGAUAGAAGAAAGAGCAAAGUCAAUAAAAGAACUAUUGGAAUUUGUGGCAGAACAUAAACUGCUUUUUACAAGUACAGAUUUUGUAAAUUUUCUUCAGUCUGGCUACCCUGAUCCAGAGCCAAAAGGAGUUAUAAAUGCAAUUAGAUCAUCUCUCCAGCUACCUAUUGAAGAUGCACCUCCACUUGAGUAUCAGACAUCUGAUGAUGAUACCAGGAAUCCAGAGAAUAAAAAUCUUCAAUCAUCAACUACAAGUCCAGUACAUUUGAGUAUACCAACAGACAUAUCUCAAAUACCAAUAUAUGAAGCUGCUGAUGUUGAAUUGCGAGAAUCGAGUCGAAAAACCGAUUCGAAUUCAAACAGUUUUGAGUCACUUCACUCACUUGAUAGUAUUUCCAGUGAUCUAUACGAUGAGCUGAAUAAAGUUACUAUAAACAAAAGCAAGCCCCUUGUUAAGAAAAAUGUGUUGCCCGAUUUAAUUAAUUUUGAUGCGCCUUCCACGUCCAAAUUCGAUGAUUAUCAUACAAUGCCGAAACGAUUCGAGGGAUCGAGUGUCGAUACGAUGUCCAUUAAUUCUUCUAUGAUGUCAGAGGUGGACGGAGUGGUUAAAGAAUCUAGAAAUGCAGGGACAUCACAUAAUCCAGAAACAAUGAGUAAAUAUGACACGGCUUCGUUGCGAUCGAUUGGGUUCGAAAGAACACGGCGAAGUUCGUCGUAUAGUGUUUUGUCUCUGUCUGGCAUGGAAUGUAAAACAAAGACAGAGGAUAGUUAUGUAUUCGAAGCUGGGUAUCUGUUAAAUUUGGCCGCGAGAUGUGAAGAUUUAGGGGAAUAUCAAAGAGCAUUUGAGUUCUACAAAUCUGGCAUUGAGAAAAUGCUUAUUGGUGUACAAUCUGAUUCGGAUCCGGAAAGGCGGGCGUUGAUAAAAGAAAAAACAAAUAAAUACCUAUCCUAUGCCGAAGAUAUUUAUAAGAAUCAUUUGAGCGGCGCAGAACAGAGUCUGUUACCAGAGCGUGAGAUAGAUACUCCAAAAUCAAUCCAUUGCGGGAUUCCAUUAUCAAUGCUUCGGCGACCGUAUGAAGACUUGGCAAUGUAUCGCGUACUGGCAGUUCUUGGGAAUACUAUGAUGCUGGUACUGCAUAAGACUGAACAAACUUGCUAUGCAAUGAAGGUAAUUCAAAAAGUCCCACAAAAUCUAACAGAAUUUGACAAUUACUUCCAACGCACCAACGACACAAGAGAACCAAUUCUACCAACGCUCAUACCUUACAUGGUGCCCCUUCACGCCUAUAUAGACUCAAAUAAUUUAAUUUUUCUCAUACUAUCAUACGCGCCUGGACAGAAACUAUUCGAUUAUAUCAAGAACUAUGCAAAAUCCAUCCCAAACACACCUAGGAGAGUGAAUUUAGAAAAUGUAUUUCCCAAAGAAACACAUUCGGAGAAUAAUGUUCCGACAGAUGUGAAUCGAAAUGAAGAAUUGUCGGUAAAGGAAUUGGUUACUAGUUCUCACAAGUUGUUGUUAGAUGUUGAUAAAGCGUUGACAGAGAAGGGUGAUAGUGAUGUGAAGAACGAGAAUAGUGAUGUGCCUAGUCCUAGUGUUAAGUUAUUAAAAUCGCCCCGUGACGUGCUUCCACCAUCAACAAUAUGUAUGUGGGGAGCGGAAAUUCUAACUGCGUUAGAAAGUUUACACAACGCUGGUGUUAUUUGUCGUGACUUAAAUCCAUCAAAUGUCCUCCUAUCUGAUGGUGGUCAGAUCAUUUUGACAUACUUCAUCCACCACUCCGGUAUUCAUAUGGCAUUAUCCCAAAUCCGGCGAUCUCCAUGGAGUAUAUACAUUGCCCCGGAGUUAUAUACUCACGUUUAUAUGGAAGAGGAUGGAUUGGACAAAGUUUGUGAUUUUUGGAGCUUUGGGGCGAUUAUGUAUGAGCUUAUUUGUGGAGUGCCUUUAUCAGAGUUCCACAAGUCAACUUUCACGAGCCAUACAAUCUUACAGCUUCCCGAAGGCCUCAGUGUUGAAGUGGAAUCUCUGCUCACUCAGCUCCUAACAUACGAGCCGUCUGAGCGUCUCGGCGGCGGUAAAGAUGGUAUUAACGAAAUAAAGGAACAUCCCUACUUUAAACAUAUUGACUGGCAACACGUAUACAAUAAUUGGAUCGUCCCGGAUUGAUGCGAUUUAAGACAAAAAUUGGAACGUAUUAAAAUUGGUGAGAUCAUAAUUAAAAGUUCUUAAAUGUCUACAUUUAUGAUCGAUUGUUUGUUUUGAUAUAGGGCCCAUAUUAUAUGAUACCUAAUCUAGUAACAAUUUUUUUUUAUAUACCUUGUGAAUCUUGCCUAUAAAGCCGGCAACAUAUCCUAGUGACAAUAGUCACCUGUUUCCAGUGAUUUCUGUCUUGGUUGCGUUUAUAAAAGAGCUAAAUGUUAGUAUUAUUACGAAUUUAUUAUAUAUUUUAAACUAUUAAAUGCUCGAUUCUAGGGAUAGAUAACUCAACAAAAUCACUCGCUCUAUUUUUCUAAAAUUUUAGUGAUGGUUCAACAACAAAGAAAAAAGACUUGUCACUAGUUUUUUAACUUUACGUUAAAACAGUUGAUUUAAAAGUUAUUAUCCUAUAAAAAGUGAUACGAGGAAAUUCACGAGUAAAAAUAAAUUAACUAACUUUUCGAAAGUAAAUUGCCAAAGCGAAAAAUGGUAAAUUAUGUGAUAAUUGGUAAUUUAAAAGACAAGCACAGAGAAUGUUCGCCGUACUAAAAUGUUACUCAUCAGUAUUUUAAAGGAUGUUUGGAUUCACAGGAACCAAAGUAUUCCAUUAUUAAUUUUUUUUAUAUAAUAAGAGUUUUUUCUAUAGUUUCUUAGUCCUAACUUUUAAAUACAUGUCAUUGUUAAAGUAUUUAAAUGAAAAGCUAUUUAUAUUUAUUAUGUGCCAGUUUCAUAUUUUUGUUUCUUAAAACAUUAUUUUAGAUUAUCAAAAAAUACAUUUAUUAAAAUACACCAUUUCAAUUAUAGUUUAUAUAAAAUAACUCCUAUGUUCAAAUACAGUUGACACCAUGUGACAUUUGAAUUUUUCUUUAGUAGUACAAAACUGAUUUCGUUUUCCUGAAUAAGAGAUAUAAACUGUAAUCUGGCAACGUACUAAAAAUCUAUCAGUAUUAAAAAUCAUAAUAUGACACAUUUCGCAUAAUUGUUUAAUACUUUUUCAAACUCUACAUAGAGCAAUAUUAUAUAAAUUAAUAAUAAUUAGAGGAUUAUUAUUUAGGAAGACUUAGAAACAUAAAUAAGAUCUGUUAAUUGUAAGUGUAGUUUCAGAGGGUAGUUUAAAACAUAGAGCUUAUAGGAGGGUAUUUAGAAUUUUGUAUUGGACCAGAGGUUGAACUUAGUGGGGGUAUACCAUGAACUGAUAUAAAAUUAAAUAAAAUGUCAACAUUAUAAAAAAUGGUGGUACAAUUUACUAUACAGAUAUGUAGUAUCUGAUUUGUUUUUGAGGCAUUUAAAAAAGCACAUCAAGUGUGGUGUAUGUUUUUUUUAAAUUGUGUAUUACGUUGAUCUCCGAGUAGAGUUAUCCUAUAACUUUUAUUAUUUCAUGGUUUAAGCUGAAUUUGUUAUUAUAAUUUAUUACUUAGGUAAUGUUAUUACAUGAUAGGCUUAAACAGGUCAACAGGUUAUUUAUUUUUAUGAAAUUAUUUUUAUUUUAUUGUUAUUGUUGAGUUUGUACUUACCUGUGUCUAGUCUUGCUAGUGUGAAAAUAUGUGUAUGCGUUCCUAAUAUUUAUUCUUUUCUUUAAAGUAACGCACGUUUUGAAAAUUUUAUUUAAGAUGUGUUAUUAGAAGUGAUUAACUAAGAAAUAUUUAUCUUUUAGCCGUUAGAAGCUAGUAUAAGAAAUAAAAAUAGUACUGCAUUGGUAUUUUUGUAGAUAUGCAUUUAAUUAUACACUGCAUAUACCUAAUAAAGUAUGAAACCACUAA